CAAAUUAUCGGCACCUUCACCCUUGGCUUGUUAUUGUUUUUCAAAAUUUCAAAAGUCUUUUUUUCAAUUUUCAUUUCCCUUAUCAUUUAAUUUUGUGUUAUGGCGAUCUUUGGAACCGGCCAGAUUUCCGUAGCCAAAUUAACCAUAUUUUUACUUAAAUUAAACAAUAAUAAUUAAAAUAUUCAGCUCUCGAUUCAGCUAUAUUUUCCUAGAACAUUCAUAUAUCCGAGAUAAUUUUGUAACAAUUGAAAACACGUUGCAAAAUCCACUGCAACAAUGGAAGAGCAGAAGCUUUUUAAGAAGAAACAGAAAGCUGCGGGCAACGAUACAGCACUUGCUUCCGCCUGCCAUGAUCUCGCUUCAUUCUAUAUCAAGGAAGGAAAAUUUGAGAAAGCGAUUGAGGAAUAUAAAGUUCUUCUGAAUAUUUAUAAAGAUCAAAACCAAAGGAUUUUAUAUGGCUUAGCAAACAGAGGUAUUGCGGAGGCGUAUAUGAGCUUACAGCAAUAUGAUCAAAGUAAAAAGUAUUUCAUGGUGUAUCAUGAUGUUGCUGUAGAAGAAAAUGAUACAUUAGAAGAACAAAGGGCGCUAGCACAGCUUGGCCACAUGUAUCUGACAAGGUAUUUAGAUAUGCCAAGUACAGAAAAUAAAUACCUCUUGAACAAAGCUUACAAAUUUUUAUUUAAAAGUAUGGACAAAUGUCAAAGUCUUGCAAAUUCAACAGAGAAACAAGACAUGCUAGCCAGAUUGAUAUCAAAUUUAGGUCUCGUAAAAGAAAAUUUGGGUGAUUAUGAAACUGCAUACACCCUAUAUAAAAAUAGUAUCAAAAUUUGUAAGAAUUAUGAUUUUUAUGAACAACUGUAUAGAGGGUAUUUGUCUAUGGCGUCAAUUUUUGAAAAACAGGACAAGUACCAAGAAACUAUCAAGAAUAUUAAUUUGGCAAUUGAAGCCGCUAAGAAAUUAAGUUCGAAAAGGGUUGAAUUAAUAUGUGCAGCUUUAUUAAGUAAAUCAGAAACGUUGAUAAAAAUUGCCGAUUUUCAAGGAGCCAAACAAGCUUUGAGAAAAGCUUAUAAGUUUAAAACAGUCAAUAAAGAGGACCAAAGGUGUAUUGAAACAAAAUUGAGAAUUGUGGCUGGCAUGUGUAAAAUUGAAGAUGACAUAAUAGCCUGUAGUGUUCAAACAGACUUAAAAAAUCUCUAUGAGAAAAUGGGCGAUGGAGCAUGUGCCCUGAAAAACUACAAGAAAGCUGUAGAGUAUUAUAAAAAGAUGUUAGAAGCAGCUGAAAGAAAUGGUGCAAGCGAGAAAGAAUUAGGAGAGUGCUAUUUUAGUUUAGGGGAAACAUAUAAAGAUAUUGGCAAUUUUCAAGAAGCUGAAAUUUAUUAUGAAAAGGAAUAUGCCUUGUGUAAAAAUAACUUCAAGGAGAGUUUAAAUACAAUUUGUAAAAUAGCGGACCUUAAAGAAAUAGCUAACAAUAAAAUUGAUCAAAUUAGGAGUGUAUAUGAAAGACUAUUGUCUCUUUGUAGAGAAAAUCGAAAUUUGAAAGAAGAAAGAAGAAUAGUUUUGAGAUAUAUGGACCUUUUAAAAAGAAAUAAAUGCUUCGAGGAUGUUUUUGGCUUAGAAGAACGAUUGAAAGAAUUAGAUGGGCAAAUAGGUGAAAAUAAGGAUGAUAGUAGCUCAUCAUCUGACGAAUGUGAGGAUUCUGAAAAAAUUCAUAUUGGAAAUGAUAUUGUGCUUAGUGAUAUUACUGAUAAUUCUGAAGAAUCUGACAAUGAAGUACCCGCACUAGGAGACAUUCAAUCAAGCAAGCGUCGAAAGCAAAACGCAGUAGCAUUCAAGAAAAAUGAAAAGGGUGAAUCGCCACUGCAUGUGGCUUGUAUCAAGAAUAGUAAAAAAAUGGUUAUACAUUGGCUAGGUUUGAAACAUCCGGUUAAUGUAAGAGAUAAUGCUGGUUGGUCACCUUUACAUGAAGCUGCCCUCCAUGCCUGUCCUGAAAUUGUGCAGCUGCUUUUGGAUGCAGGCGCUUCUAUUAAUGAUAGGGGAGGCCCAGAAUGCUUUGGCGUCACACCUCUCCAUGACGCAGCAGGCGCUGGCAAUUUGGAAGUAGUGGAACUUUUGUUAGACAGAGGUGCAGCUGCUGUAGCGAAGACUGAUGAUGGUAAUACACCUCUAUAUGAAUUGAAAAAAUGGUAUGACAGAACUAACAAAAAUUGUGAAGGGCAAAGACUACAUCUCUAUAAUAGGUUAGUUGAAAGAUUAGAACAGGCUUUAGAAAGAGCGGGACAAAAUGAUGUCAAAGCGGAUAAGUCUAAUUUGAGUAAUAAGGAAAAUGUUAGUAAAAAUAGUCAAAAUGCGAGAAAAUUACGUAGAAACAUACCUUAUGAAUCUGAAGAAGGAACUCUUGAAAGCUUGGGAGGUAUAUCUCUAACGAGCAGUUCAGAUGAGCUAUUAGUGGCAAGGCGCAAAUUCCCCAAUGUCAACUCAAGCAAGGUUUCAGUUAAUUCUACAGACACAAAUAGACCUGCUCACAUUCAUCAGGAGGACUUAGUAUGUGUUCAAAAUGUGAGGAAAUCAAGUGCAAGCAUACCUUAUGAUGACGAUGAUUCUGAAGAAGAAACUCCUGGAAGCUGGGAAAGUAUAUCUCGAAUGAGCGAAAAAAGCAAUUCAGAUGAGUUCCUAAGGGCAAGGCAGAAAUUCAAUCAACACAAAAUCAUAACAAAAAGACCUGCUCACAUUCACGAGGACGACUUUGUACAUGAUCAAAGUGUGAGGAAAUCAAGUGUGAGCAUACCUUAUGAUGACGAUAACUCUGAGGAAGAAACUCCUGGGAGCUGGGAAAGUACAUCUCGAAUGAGCGAAAAAAGCAGUUCAGAUGAGUACUGCAUGGUAAUGCAGCAAUUGCGCCAUAACAACCCAUGCGAAAUUCGAAAGCGUUCUCCUGUCAACAAGCCAUCAGUUGCAUCAAAAAGACCUCACAUUUAUGAGGAUGACUUUGGAUGUGAGGACAAGUGGCUUGAAAAUGAUAUAAGACCCAGCAAAACUAAAAAAAGAAAAAUUAAUUCUAAUGAUUUGAUUUUGAAUCGAGGUUGUUUGAACAAAUCACCUAUGAAGACUGGAAUAAAUACAAUUAUAGACGGGGACCAAGAUAUAACUGCUUAUCAAAUUCAUGACCUACCCGAGUUUGAUGCAAACAUCUUUGAAUCAACAACGAGACAUAGAAGAGACUCUGCUGGCAGUAAUGAUAGCGACAGAUCAUCAUUGUCUUUAAGACGGACACAAGCUACUUUAUUGGAUUCUGGUUUUAGUUGUGAAAGAAACCACAAUGCCAAUAGCACUAAACUAAAAUUGAAGCGAUCUAGUAGUGGAAAUAUUUCCCGUUCCCUACAACCAAAAAUCAGGAAUUAUGCAAUUGUUGAAGCUGAUUCUACCUCUAUUUCAAGAUCCCCUGUUAAACAAUCUGAAGUCGCUCAAGAACCUAUGGACUCAAUGCUUUAUGUGGAUGUGGAAAUUGAAGGAAAAGCAUUCAGGAUACCUGUUUUGAUGUCAGAAACAAAAACUAAGACCAUUAAGUGGCUCUCGGAACAAGCAGCGCAUAGAUAUGAAAGUAAACAGUUCAUGAGACCGAUUUUGGAGUUGGAAACAGUCACCGGUGUGAUUUUGGGUGAUUGCGACCUUGUAAGUCUGCUUUUUCCCUUGGGAAGUAUGCAAGCCGAAAGAGUAGUGGGAAAAGUAAUUGAAUGGAAUUUACCAUCUCUUCUAGAAAAAUACCGGGCGAUUUGUAGUAGUAUGAGUGCUGACCCAAAUGAAGAUGUUUGCAGUUUAAUCCAAAAUGUUUCCAUCAAUUUGAAUAUAUCAGAUCGUGCCAUGCCAUCCCAUAAUCUAAAUCCCCUAUUGAAGUCAAUCAAUAACCAAAAAUGUUUGACAAAAAUUAAUUUAUCUGGUAACUCUAUGAGCGCAUACACCAUGACUUUACUAUGCUCCAGCAUAAUCACUUUGCCAGAACUGCAAAGCUUAAAUCUAAGUUGUACCAGUUUGCUGAAACCUUAUUUGAAUCAUUUGGCUAGUACCAUCUCUACUCAUAGUGCCUUAUUCAAGAAAAUGGUGAAUUUAGAUCUUAGUGAUAAUAUAAUGCUGCAAGAUGAUUGCUUCGAUGAUAUAAUUGUUAUUAGCAAUGCCCUAUUACAACUGCAGAGCUUAAACUUGAGUAAUAUAGGUUUGAAAAACUUACCUUCCAAUAGUAAUAUGCUAUCUUUAAAAUGUCUAGAAAAUUUAGAUCUGAGUUACAAUAAACUAAGCGAUAAUGAUCUAAUGAAAGUGUUAAGCUCGCUAGAUGCCAGCCUAAUUAAAAUAUUAAACAUAUCAAGAAAUAAGGGACAAAACAUAUUAAGGAGGAUUUUAGAUUUAUUCGAGAAUGAAUCAAAUGUUUUCAUGAAGGAGAUUGGCUUGGAAAUGUGUGGAAUCAACGAUUCAGAUCUGUAUGAGCUCUUGAGAACGGCAAGAAAUAUCACACACAUAAACCUCUCCCACAAUUCAGAUUUAACCUCAAUAUCUUUAAGGAGACUUCUGGAACAUGGAAAUUUGAGUUGCAUCAAUGUUGUGUCUUGUGAUAAUAUUUGGGACUAUUUUGAUGCUGAGCAACAUGGCUGGAAUAUUGCAAUGCAGGAAACAGAAGAAAAAGCUCAGUUCAAAGUUUCCGGAAAAAAUGACCUAUUUUUGAACAGCCUGGUAGAAAUGUUUAGAACAAAGUUUAAACAUUUGGAAACUGUGAAGUCAGGAAGUGAUUUAUUAGUUAAAGUUCAUUUUAGCCGAAAUUGAAAGUGGUUAUUGAAAAAUAUUUAAUUGUUUUUUCUUACAUUGGGACUAGAUUCAAUUUAUCAGUAUUUAAUUUUUUAAACCAAGGAUUAUAAAUUGUUAGAAAUAUGUUCAAUUGAAAAAUAAAAACCAAUCCAAUUAGAUCGCGAUUUUAGUACUCAUC